GCUCCGCUGCGGCGGCGGCGACGGAGCCGGGAGCCGGAGCCAGGAGCCUGGCAGUGGCCGAGGCGGCAACAAGUGCGGGAGCUGAGCCGAGGCUGGGGCCGAGCCGAGCCGAGGCGGAGCCACCCCGCCGCCGACGCCGCCGGGCUGCCCCAUCGCGGGCGCCACGCAUGGGGCGAGAGCGGCGGUGGACGCCGGGCUGAGCCGCGCGGAGCGGCUGGGACGUGGAUGCAGCCGCGGUCUCCCGCCCCCGCCCCGCUGAGCAGGAGCUGCUCCCGGACAAGUCAAAACGUGGAGUUUCCUUCUCCAAGAUUUCUGAGAGUUUCCUGAGGCACAGCCUGGCAUGAGCUCCACAAAACCUCUCUCAUCCAGCCUUCUCACCUUGCUGCCUUGAUUCUGCCUCUGUGCUCAUAAGGCUGAUCCCUUGGUGACUCUGCCAGGCCCAGGGGAGAGGACACGGCCCUGCUCCCAGCCCUGCAGCUUCUCUGACAACAGGCUCCUGAGAGAACUUUCCAUCCGCCUUCGAAGAGGAGUGUCUGGUACCAACAAGGGCCACUUCAGCCCCUACCAACAGCAGUCUCCAAGCCCAGUUACCAAACGGAGAGGGGAAAUCCUUUCCUCCCCCAGCCUAAGGCAUCCUCCCUUGCCUGCCACAGGAUGAAUGACUGUGAGAACACACUUUAUGCUGUGCCCUCUGUGGGGCCCUGCAGCCCUCCUCACCAUGAAGCCUCCCCAGAGCACACCUGGGACUCAGGAGCAAAGGCCCAAUAUGCCUUCACCGACCGAGCCACAUGGCUGGACUCAGCUGAGUGAUGGGCAUAAAAGCAGUCACUGCCAUCUCAGAUCCUCUGCCCUAAGGAACCUGCAGGGCUCGGGAGGGGUCCUAUCAUGGAUACCCCACAUCUGUUCAGAUAAGGAUCCUAAAGGCACAGAGAGGUUAAGCAGUUUGCCCAAGGUCACACAGACUUGGACCUUCUUGGACAGAAAUGCCCCCUUUGUCCUGAAAAGCUAGAUGGGUGAAUUCUCCAUCCUGAUGAUGCAGAGUCAGUGUCCUCAGAACAUCUGAUGCAGCUGGACCAUCUGGGCUGGCCCCCAAAGUCCAUGUCAGUGGCUUUACGGUCACAGGAAAUGAUGACUGUGGGGUGAAUUCCUACAAGAUAGCGUUUCGGGGGGUCUCCCCUAUGGCAGAAAGCAAACUGGCUCCUGCCCGUUGGAUGAAAAGGGUGCACGUUGACGUCACUCAAGCUCUGGCUGUCCUGUGGUCCCACUCUCUCAGCACUGUGCUCAAGGAGGGAGAUGAGGCCUUCCAGGGGAAGUGUUAUGUCUUCCGAGAUCCCAGAGCAGAUUCAGAGCAAAGGAUUAUGAAGCCUCACGAUCACAGUCUCCCGUCCCUUUUCAGAGACCUUCCUCCAAACCCACUGCUAGUACCACUGGGCCAUAAACUCAAGCAGAGAGGAAACUUGGCAUUUCCGGAACAAUCUUCUUCAUGUUCCUCAGCAAACCUGCAGAAGAUGACAGCCUGGUCACCACAUCACUAGAAGCAAGUGUGAAGGAUUUUAGAAAAACAGCCUCUGCUCCAGCCCCAGUGGAAAUAGCUGUCUCUGAUCCAAGGUGGCCAGAGAACCCAGAAAAAAUAGCCUUGCCAGGCCCUCAGCCAGUGAAGCCCUUCCAGCACUGUGGUUCCUAUAAGAAGCUCCCUGGCAGCCACUCACAGGGCAGUUUGGUCCUCCUCUCUAGGAUGGAGAAGCCUAGAAGGCAUUUUAGAGGAUGGGAUCAGUCAACCACUUUCUCUCAGCCCUUCCCAAGAGUUGAAGAGCAAUCCUGGAGGGUGCCAGCAAAUGAACAAAUGCCUGUCCUGACAAGAGUCUUUUCUGGUGAAACACCGCGCUUCCUAUGGAAUAAAGGGCAGGCAUGGCUGCUGAGGCCCAGCAGUCCUUGGAGGGCAGGCCGUCUCUCUCCCUUCGUCACACAGCUUUCUCACCUUGCCAAGUCCUCUUUUCCUGUGUCCCAAGCUGAGAGCUGUCUGGCUGACUCUGCGGAAUUCUUGCUGGUCCUGCAGACACCCUUACUUCUGCAUCGAGGCCUUGGCUAAGUGCUGGGCUCAUCUCCAGGGAGGCCGGUAUCACCUUUGCAGGUGGCUGCAUCUCCGGGUGGUGGAGUGUUGUUACCACCUGCUCUCUCCAUGGUCUUCAAGUGACUCUGAGGCUCUGUGGCUCUGAGGCAGAGCCAUAGCUUGUCCCUUGGAUGGCCUUGACCUCACCCUUUCCAGAGCCAGGACAGACAGCCUGCCCUUGAAUGUGACUGCUGAGGGUGUCUCCUCACGGAAUCAUGGGCGUCUUACAGAAAGAGACCCAAUAUACAGUUUCUGGAGUCCAGAGGGGCUGGCCACAGAGCCACUGGAAGGCUGGGCCAGAGUGACGCUGACCACGGCCCCCACCAGGUUCUUCUAGCCACCGCUGCCCCUCACUGGGAUUCCCACCCUCACCUACCGCAGAGGUGCUGGGACACCAGGGUGGCAGCCUGUGCCAGCUUCACGGCCGGUGUCAAGUUUACGGUUGCCUUGAGACUGGGAAGGUCUCAGACAGAGACUGAGUCCGGCCAUCCCCUCGGUCUGGUCCCAUCAGGGAAAGAGCACAGUGGCUGCUGGCCUCUCUGCUGUGUUCCCUGGGGCUGCCAUUCAAGCUUCCUGUGACUAACACAUUCCUUCUGUAGAGCUCACUGGUUUUCCUGGCUCCCUCUCCAAGUCUGGCCAGAGCAGAGCUGGCAUCUAGAAGUUUUUUUUUUUUUAACGUUGAGUGUUC